GUGAGAAAAAAAUUCUCAUAAUUUUGGAUAAUUUGUGGAAGAAGCUAGAAUUGAAAGAUGUUGGAAUUCCUUGUGGUGACGAUAAUAAAGUGAGAGGUUGCAAACUAUUGCUAUCAUCUAGAAGUGGAGAAGUUUUACGCUUUGACAUGGUCUCUGACCGAGAAUUCCGACUCAAGGAGCUAGACGAUCGGGAAGCAAGAAGACUUUUUGAAAGGAUAGUGGGGAACAAAGUUUAUGAUCCCGAGUUUAGACCCUAGGUAGAUGGAGUGGUCAAGAGUUGCGGUGGCUUGCCGCUGUUUAUAAUUUCGUUGGCAAAAAGGUUGAGGAGUGGAAAUUUGGCUAAAUGGAGGAAUGCUUUGACUAUAGAAGGGUCUGAUUUAAAGUCACUAGUGGAACUAAACUACAAAGACUUAAAAGACGAGAGGAUCCAAUCGUUGUUCUUGGUUUGUGCUCUAUCCCCUAAAAUAGGGGAGUUGGAUAUCUUGGUCUAUUGCUUGGGUUUGGGUUUAUUUAACAAUUUCAGCAGGACCAUGCAAGACGCUAGAGAUAGGUUGAACAUGGAUCUAGAUUGUCUGCGUGACUCCUCUUUAUUACUAGAUAGUGAUGAUUCUAGCGAAAAAAAACAUAGAUAGCGAUCAAUUUGUAAAAGUCAGAAUGCAUGACAUAGUCACUGACGUGGCCAUCUCUAUUGCUUCCACAGAAUGGAAGGCCUUGGUCGGGAGGGAGGAUUGUGGGUUUAAAAAAUGGUCAAAGGCUGAGCUUAGAGAAUGCACUGCAAUGUCCUUCCCUUGGGUUGGCAUUAAUGAGCUUCCUGAAAAAUUGGACUGCCCAAACUUGAGGAUGUUUCUUUUACUCGAAGACAACCCAUCUCUCAAAGUUCCUGAGUCACUUUUUGAAUCUAUGGAGAAGCUCCAAGUAUUGGAUUUAACUGUAAAAUCUGUCACUUCUCUACCUUCGUCAAUUGAGUUCCUUGUGAACCUCAAGUCACUUAGUCUUGCUCUUUGCUGUCUCGAGGAUGUGACUCAUCUUGGAAAGCUGAAAGCAUUGCAGAUGCUACAUCUCUUUGGAUCGACAAUCACUCGGCUGCCUAAAGAAAUAGGUGAACUAACAUAAUUGAGACUUUUGAACUUAAAAUGUUGCACUAGGCUCAAAGUUAUCGAACCUGGCGUGCUCGAAAGCUUGGUUAAUUUAGAAGAACUGCAUAUGGCCGACAGUUUUGAUCGGUGGGAGGCUGAAGAUGAAGCACCGCGAAGAAACGCCAGCCUGACUGAGUUAAAGAACAUGAACAAGUUGAGCACUUUGGACAUUGCCAUUCCUCAUUCUGCCAAUCUCCCAAGACACUUGCCGUUUGGGAAACUGAAGAAGCAUAAAAUCCAAAUUGGGGGCGUUUGGGAUUGGUCGGUUGAAUAUAAAGAAUCUAGAACUUUAAAGCUCAAGCUGGAUUCAGGCGAUCUUCUUUUGGAAGAGUGGGUGCAAAGAUGUUUGCAGAGAACACAACAUCUCCACUUGGAUGGAUUACAAGAUGGCAAUGAUAGUAUUCACGAUUUGUGCAUCGAAGGAUUUCAAGAAUUGAAGCAUCUUCAUGUACAAAAUAGCCCCUCAUUUCAUUAUGUUGUUCACCCCACGAACAAUGUCCAGUGCACUGCAUUUACGAGAUUGGUAUCUUUGUUUCUCGAGAAUCUGGACAACUUCAACAAAAUUUAUUGCGGUUGUCUUGCCCUAGAAUCCUUCAGCAAAUUAAAGAUUGUGAAAGUGGACAACUGUGGUGAAAUCAAACAUUUGUUUCCUUUGUCCAUGACGAGAAUAUUACCCCAGCUUGAAGAGAUUGAAAUAACUAGAUGCCAUUUGAUGCAACAAAUUGUUGCAGAUGCCGAGGUUGACAGAGAUGAAAUAUAUGAUCCCAAUGUGAAGUUAUGCAAUUUGCAUAGGCUGACAUUGCGAAACUUGCCAGAGAUGACAAGCUUCUACAAAACCGCAAACCUCUCAGUUGAUUUCUUUGACGGGCAACAGCUAAUAAAGCUACAGAAUUUGGAAGCCAUAACCAUUGAAAAAUGUCAGUUAAUAAGGGAAGUAUUCGACCUUGAAGGACUAACAAGCAGUGGGGAAGUCGAGAUUCUCUCGCGAUUGAGAGAAUUAAUCCUGAGUGACUUACCAAGUUUGGGACGCAUAUGGAAUAAAAAUCCAUGAAGAGCAUUGUGUUUUCGAAACUUAAGGGCACUAAAGGUGCAAAAUUGUGAGAACCUGAGGUUUCUUUUUUCUUCUUCCAUGGCUAAAGCACUUGGGCAAAUAAAAGAAAUAGAAAUAGCAAGUUGUAAACUAAUGGAGGAAAUUAUUGAUGCGCAAGAUGAAGAAUUGGAGGAAGCUGCAACUAGCGACACUUUAGAGUUCCCUUUGUUAAUCUCCUUGUCUCUUGAGGAAUUGCCAAACCUCAAGACAUUCUCUUAUCAGAAGUAUUGUAUUCAUUGUCCAUCCUUAACAAAAUUGACAAUAUCUCGGUGCCCCAAAAUGAUGACAUUCUCUUCACUUGAAGCAAAGCAAUGGUCGAUCACAUCUGAUGGAGGUUUACAACAAGCAUUUAAUCGUAUAAACUCUAGCUUAUCCUUGCCUGGCUUCUUCAAUGAAAAGGUAAGCAUCUAUAGUGUUUUUUUGUCAUAAGCAUCUAUAGAGUUUUUUGUCAAUCAUUCUUCUAGUUCUUGUCAAGGGACUCAAUUUAGUAGAAACUUGAUCAUUUUUCAAGUUUGGCAAUUGGCGAUGGGAAUGCUAACUCGUCGGGGGUCAUUCCCAAAUUUUCCCACAAAUUUCGGCAUAACACAAUUAUGUACCAAAAAUUUCAGUCAUUCUACGUAUAAAUUGUUUUUUAUGCAAGUUCUUUUUCCAAGCUUGGAGGAAUUGAAGCUAUUUUCCAUGUGUCACUUAAAGAAGAUAUGGCAUAAUCAACUCCAUGGACAGUCCUUCUGCAAACUUGCAUCCCUCACUGUUGAACUUUGUGAAAAUUUGACCCAUGUUUUUCCAUCAAAUUCAAUGGAUAGGUUGCAGAGUUUGAAUAAAAUUGAGGUGGUUGGGUGUCCCUCCGUAGAAAUAUUAUUUGAUCCAGUAAGUCUCAGCUCUGAUGAAAUGCAAAAGCCAUUGGUCCUCUCUUCCUUAGAAAAAAUGAAGUUGUUGAAUCUACCAAGGCUGGCAGACAUUUUGAAGAGUGAAUGCAAAUUAAUAUUGGCGUUUCCUAGUCUAUGGGAAGUGAGCGUAAGGCGCUGUCAUAGUUUGUCAUAUCUCUUCUCAAGUGCCACGGCCAGAACUCUUGAUAAACUCACGGUGCUUGAUGUUUCCUGUUGCAAUAACAUGAAGGGCAUAAUUGCGAUGGAAGGAGGAAUAGUGAAAACCGUAGAAACAUUCAAGUUCCGUAAUUUAAGCACACUCAAGCUUGGUGACCUUGAGAAUUUGAUUUCUUUCAAUUCAAAGAGCUGUGCUGGUGAUGGGUUACAUCCUUUAUUUGAUGAUAAGCUUGCAUUUCCAAAGUUAGAAGAGCUACACAUCAAGGGAGUUCAACAAAAAGAACUAUGGAAUGAUAAAAUUUGUGUGGAAUCAUUUUAUCGUCUAAAGGUCCUCAAGGUGAAGCAGUGUCACAACCUAACUAAUGUGAUUCCAUCAUCCAUGUGGAAGAGGCCGCUUCACUGUAUGGAGUCCUUGACAGUUGAGAAGUGCCAACAUCUAAGAAACCUUUUCACAAUGGCUAUGGCAAAAAGUCUAGGACAACUCAAAUAUCUGGGUGUCAGUGGUUGUGGAGAGAUGGAGUACAUUGUCACCAAAGAAGAGGAGAAACUUGAAGAAGCAACUGACAAAAUUGUAAUUCCUCAACUUGUCACUUUGUAUCUUCACAACAUGCCAAAACUCAGAAGUUUCUUCCAAGGAAGGCAUAUUUCAGAAUGGCCCUCCUUGAAAGAGUUUACUAUUGAAGAUUGUAAAGUUGUGGAGGUGAUCCUAGGAGAUGCCAGUUGUAGAAAACUAGAGGGUAGCAUUCCGAUAUGGCAACCGCUUUUACUCGUCGAAAAGGUUUGCACUCAUUCUUCUUUAA